CAGGUUCCCUCUGUCCGGCUGAAUUCCAGUAUUAGUGCAACAUGAUCCUGUAUCAAGUAGAGUCCGAUUUCUAGUCGACGACCAUUGCGAUUUCGCUUCUUUUUGUUCAGUUUGACGAAACAGACCGCAACACACGACGUCAGCCACGCUGCAAAUGAGAGCCCGCCAUCGAGGAGAUUUUAAUUUACACAGAAGUUUACAGCAUAGUGUAACGAAGAGAGCGUUUUCUUUCGCUCCGCCGAAAGCUUCCAAUUGGCUCCAUUGCAAUUGUUUCACGGUUAGUUUGAAAGAUGGUAUGUUGUUAUUUGGAUCUGAGAUUUACGAUCAUUCAUGUCUUGAAUGCGUGAAAUGACCAAGGAAUGCUGCACAACGUGUCUAAGGGUUGUCCUCUUCAUCGGUAAUCGGACGAGUUAAUUUUUUUGGCCUUUCCCAACGACCGUCUUGAUUUGCGUCUGACUGUAUCUGCCAAAUGAUGCCAAACUGCAAAAACCAGUGACCCAUUGAUAUCAUAUCUCUUAACUACUUUGUUCUCCGGUUUCCGGUGGGAAGAACCUUGGUUGACAGUUUGCCGUGAGUGAGGGUCAUCCGCGAGGUUUACGUUCCGUCAACUCAAUCCCUCACUCUACGCGUUGAAAUCGGAAAUUUCGUCGCUUGGCUCAAUUUUGACCUUGUUUGGCCAUGGUUUGUCAUUUCAAAUAACGGAAACUAGGCUAACAUUUGGUAAGGAAGCGAAGGAUCGCUGAAGGUUGCCGGCGGCCUUUGCCAGAUCAGAGGUCAAUACCCAACAGACAUCCAGACCUCAGACUGUUUGUGGUCUGCAGUUUCGCACAGGCAGUUGUUUUCUUGGGAUCGACAUCUUACUUGGAAAGAGAAGAAUGGCCAAGUCGGCAUUGGUGACAACUGUCUGGGCAUACACGAGACGACGGCAUCGCUCCAGUAUACAUCACCCAAGUGAUUUGAACAUCGGCGGCAAUAUGGCCAGUAGGGAGCCCGAUCGGCGCGUCAACUUCGCUGCGGAGCGCGUGGGUUCGAUCGAUCAGGGCCCAGGGGACAGCAAUGAGGAGGAUAUCCGACCCACAGACGAGACACGAUAUCAAUCAUGGAAGAGGCGAAUCAGAGAAUAUUUUGAGAGACGAUUCGCCGAUGCUGACUUCGUCAUUGAUCCAGAGGGGGAUAAGAUCUAUGUAUGGAUGGGUCUGGUGACCUUUGCCGUGCUCUACAACGUCUGGAUGAUUAUCUUACGGAUAGCUUUCAAGGAGAUGCGUGAAGAUAUCGUCAACCGCCGGGUUUUUGGCACGGUGGACUUCGCCAGUGACAUUAUCUUCUCUCUCGACAUCCUGGUUAACUUCAGAAUAGCGUUUCUUGACCAAGGAUUGCUGGUCAAAGAUCCUCGACGAUUGAGUUCUCAUUACCGAAAGUCCAUCCGGUUUAAAUUAGACAUUUUGGCCAUGAUUCCCUUGGGCACGAUGGCGUUGCUGUUGGGAGAGUUGGCCGAUAAAGACGUUUUCAAUGUUCAGUUUGACGUUGAUAGUGAUAAUAUUCUUAUUCCUGUGCUGAGGUUGCCGCGGCUGCUGAAAUGGCACACGAUGGAAUCGUUCACAGCAAUGAGUGACACGCGAACCAGCAACCCCAAUCGAGUGCGAGCUUUCAAGCUCAUCAUGUACCUGGGUGUCAUCAUCCACUGGAUCGGCUGUUUUUACUACAUGCUCUCCGAGGUCGAAGGAUUUGGCAGCAACGAAUGGGUGUACCCGGCAGAUGAAGCGACACAAGGCCUUCUGAGAAAAUAUAUCCUCUGCAUCUAUUGGUCAAUGAUGACCCUCACAACAAUAGGCGAGACGAAUCCUCCGUACAACGACAUCGAAUACGUUUUCACUGGAAUCACAUUUCUUGUGGGCGUGUUUCUCUUUGCCGCUGUUGUCGGGAACGUUGGUGACGUCAUCAGCAACAUGAACGCGGCGAGGCAGGAGUUUACCACAAAAAUGGAUGCAAUAAAAUUCUACAUGAAUCACCGUAAAGUGCCUGACGUUCUGCAAACCCGCGUCAAGAAGUGGUCCGAUUAUGCUUGGUCUCGAACCCAAGCUCUUGAUGAUCAGACGUUUUUGGAAAUCCUUCCACCCAGGCUUCGGGCAGAAAUUGCAAUCCAUGUCCAUUUAGAAACACUGAAAAAGGUGAAAAUUUUCGAGGAUUGUGAGCAAGGUCUACUGUGCGAGUUGGUCCUCAAGCUGCGAUCGCAGAUAUUCUCGCCUGGGGACUACAUCUGUAGACGGGGCGAGAUUGGGAGGGAGAUGUACAUCAUCAAUCACGGCAAAGUACAGGUAGUUGUGCAAGAUGCCGAAACUCAACAAAGCAUGGUGGUCGCCACGCUGUCGGAGGGUAAUUACUUUGGGGAGAUCAGCUUACUCAAGCUUGACGAAGGGCAGAAUCGGCGCACGGCCGACGUAGUGUCUCUGGGCUACUCGGAGUUGCUGUGCCUCUCUAAGAAAGACUUGAUGCAGGCCUUGGUCGAGUACCCGGAUGCCAAGAAAGUUCUGGAGAAACAUGGUAGGGAUAGGAUGGAGAAAAACAGAGAAGCUGCCAGAAUGCAACGUCGCAAGUCCGAAGCUACCUUACAGGUCCCAGGCCAAGACCAGCUUCAGAAAUCACCAGACGACAAGGCCGGCGGCAACAACAGCGAGCCAGCCGAGGGAAACGGCCGGCCCGAGACGGGCGGACCAGCAGGGGAGAUCGGUCUACGGGCACAGAUUGAGCUGAUAUCCAAGCUCGCCAUGAAAGGAAAAGAAAUGAGCGAACUGAGACACAUAAUCAACGAACUCAGGAAUUUUGAUAGCAUGUCAACUAAAGCGAAAAUACACGAGCUUUCGCACAAGUGUGAUGAACUCUGGAAAAAAUUACGGCAGAAGGACCUAGAUUUGAAGAGAGCCCUGAGACGAAUCUCGGAGCUGGAGAGUCGCGUGACGACAGGAAUUAAUGGGGUCGGGCGCGCCCCCAGACGGUUUGGUCAAGCCCUGGUCAAGCGGUCCAAAUCGCUUCACCUGAGCACAUACGAUUACAGUAGCGUAGAUGAUCACGAGUCGUCACUGUGGGCCAGCAGCCUGGACAGUGCCGACGGCUCGGCCAAUGGGUACACGCCAACGAACGGCAUGUCCAACGGUCACGGACCCCGCGGAAACUUGGCGGACAAGCACAGGACUCCGUCCACUACAGACAGGUCCCCAGAGCACAGCCCGAGGCGAGACAAGUACAUGAAGGAGAUGAUCGUUCCGGGCAUUCAGGUCAACGGCAUGGUCAAGCAAGAGCCAUUGACCAUGAAGUGGGAGGUGUUCGCUGACGAGGAGCAAUCGGACCAGGCCAACGACUCAGAGAUCGAGAAGACGAUGUCCCAGUUGCAGCCAGCGAUAGCUAGUCUGACCCUCCCCUCUUCUGGACGUGGGUCCGGGGCCAUAUCCGAUGUAUCCUGCUACAGUGAUGCCAGUUUAGACAGUGACUUAUGAUAAAAUAUAAACAUGCCACCGAAUGAGGAUGUAUGACAAGCUUCCCUCAUCUCACUGGCUUAGCCCCGCCCCAAGAGAAGUGGAGUUUCUUCAGUCCUAUACCUACCCUGUAAGAUGCGAAUAAAGUGUUAAUUUUAAUUUUUAUCACUGUUCCGUGUUUUGCUAACCAAGGUACAUAAGAUUCCUAAAGACAGAAUACAAACUGUUCCAGCCGUAAAGACAGUGUAAAGAGCAGCUAUUCUCUCUAUAAGUUAUUGCUAAAGUGAAUAUGUUAUCCGUUACUCUUUCCAUCGACAGUGGCCAUCACCUAGUCUUAGUUGUGCACACCUUCACUUGUCCAUUCCUCGCUUCAUAAAAGUCAUCAUAAUAACCUCCCACAGUUGGACUGUAGUGUAUAUUCAGCGAGGAGAUUUGAUGGAAAUCAGAUGCUGAAGAUCAUGGUAAUAUUCAGAUCUAUGUAGACUUCGCAACUUGCUGUGUUGUUCAUUCUCUCUCAGUCCUGGUUUGUAAUACUUCACUGUUUCAGAAAAUUCAGUUCUCUGAACUUUUAGGUUACUGUUAAUUUGAGCUGAACUGUUUUCGUCAGAGAUUGAGUUUUAGUUUCAAUGUUUCCUUUUUUGGACAGCUUGAUCUAUGUUGACCUUUGUCAGAGUACUUUGCGUCUCUCUUGUCUUGAUUUGUUCCACUUGUUGUCAUUAUUGAGGUUUAUAAAAAAUAUGCAACAGUAAUGCUAUCAAAUAAGUUAUUCGAUUGAACAUGGACGGCAUAAUCAUACAGCGAAUAAGGAUCACAGACUCGUCUUACGGUGUGAUGAUGUUGGAAUAUCAUAUAAAACUGUGUCUGUUUUGCAGAAGACUGUACAAGGUGA